GGAAACUCCGUGAUUGACGUCAGCUUCGGUCCGAACAUUUCUGUUCUGUUAGCAAUUUCGGAUCUCUUUAAGGUUAUCACAGUCCUAAAGAACAGCAAGCCCUCACUCAAAGCAAUGGAGAAAUGGAUGAAGAACCAUCCAGGGGCUCUUGAUUUUUCUCAUGUGUCCAGUAAAGCUUCUGAUCUGAGAGACAACAGUGCUGGCGCGCAGGAGAUAGAGGCGCAGCUGAGAUCAGCAAUCAAACAAAUCCUACCAUGUGACUUUACCAAAGAAAACAUCACCGCCCCGGUGGUCCUGGAGAAAGCAGAUUGUGUUGUCUCUACUUGGUUGCUUGGUACAGUUAGUACAGAUCAAAUGUCUUACAUGAAUAACAUGAAGAAACUCGCCGCAAUGCUGAAACCAGGAGGGAGACUGGUUGUAUUUGGAGGAAUCAAUGCUGGUUACUUUUGUGCUGCGGAGAAGAAGUAUCAUAUAUUAUUGUAUGAUGAAAACACUGUCAGGAAGGCUCUUGGAGAUGCCGGGUGCCAUGUUCAAAGUAUUGAUGUAAAGGAGAGUAUAAUUCCUGGUCAUACCAUCGACAAUACACACACAUUUUGUGCACUGGCUGUUAAAGGGGAUGCUUAGCAAAUUAAUUAAUUAACAUUAAUUAAGAUGCAUGAUGAACAUCCACAAACAAGCUAGCUUUGCUUUAUGGUUGUGAAAUUAGGCUUAAUGCCCAAUAAAUGUAUAAUCAUACUUAGCUACUGUCUCGCACUGUAACCCUAUUCACUAAAUAUUCUUUAAAAAUAAACUUA